AUGGGUCUCGCCGACUACCUUGCACAGAAUUACCUCUCAGCAGAAAAGCCGGCCAAAAAGCGCAAGAGAAAGGAGAAGGCGCAAGCCGAAGGUCUCACGAUCGAGGACGACGAAGCACAAAACUGGACGAAUCCCACGCAAACCAACGACGAUGACGAUGAUGCACCGGUCAUAGUAGGAGGCACGCUAGCAGGCGGGUUGAACAAGCCGGUGAAGAAAUCAAAAUGGAUCAAAGUGGGCGCAGAAGCACCCAAAGAUUCGGAGCAAGCGGCAGCGGAUGCCAUUCUUGCAGAUGCGCAAGCAGAAUCGCGAGCGCGCGCACAACAAGACGACGAUGACCCGACACUUGUUGGAGAGAAUGGAGCAGACUACGAUGGACCCGUCAUGCAGAAUGGCGCACUGGCAGGCCUGCAGACUGCCGCGCAAGUCUCGCGAGCGCUGAAGAAGAAGCAGAAAGCAGAGAUGAAAGCUAUGCAGGAUGCGGAUCUGGCGUCGGGAGGUCUGGCACAGCAGACAAUAUACCGUGAUGCAUCGGGACGAAUGAUCAACGUGAAGCAAAAGCAGGAUGAAGCAGAGGAGAAGAAGAGGGAGGAGGAGCGGAAAGCAAAGGAGGAGCUGGAGAGUCGCAAGGGAGAUGUACAACGGCGGGAGAAAGAAGAGAGAAGGCGAGAUCUCGAGGAGGCGAAGGUCAUGACUGUGGCAAGAGGAGCGGAUGACGAGAAGAUGAAUGCGGAACUGAAGGAGAGGGAGAGGUGGAAUGACCCCAUGGCACAGUUGCUGGCAACGAAGAAGAGCAGUGGGAAAGAUGGGAAGAGCAAAGGUGGGAGCAAGACAUAUCAAGGUGCAUUCGAACCGAAUCGAUACGGAAUCAAGCCAGGCUGGAGAUGGGAUGGAGUGGAUCGAAGUAAUGGAUUCGAGAGGAAAUGGUUCGCCGCGAGGAAUAAAGCCAAGGACCGAGCAGCACUGGAAGUUGCAUGGGAAAUGGACAUAUGA